CAACAAAAGGUGCGUGUUUUGUGUAAUUUAUUAAAAUAUAUAAAAUAAAACGUUCACGUUCUUACUAGAUGUCUUUUGCAAGCAAACUACUGAAAUCCAGCGACCGUCUAUGGAAUGGAUUAAGCGCCGCGCGUAGUUUCCAUGGUCUAAUGCGUUCCACAAUCAUUGGAUCAUCUCCAACUUCGGAUCACAUCUCAAUUGGUCAACAAUUGGUGCCGGCUACAAAUACAGCUGGAUUACUUGCGCCUUUAAAUGCACUAGUUCAGCAGGUGGCAGGAUUCAAGGUCAAGGGUCGCCUAAAGCGUCGAUGCAGUGAUUGCUAUGUUGUGGUGCGCCAGGAACGCGGUUAUGUCAUCUGUCCAACACAUCCGCGCCACAAGCAAAUGUCUAUGAAGAAACGUGACUACAAGUCCUGGAUCCUGACUCACGCCACACAGUCCAAGGAGAGGGGCUUUUAAUUUAUUGUUAAUUCAAAUAAAUAUAUAAAUAUAGGCAUAAUUUCUAAAUAAUAAACAUAUUUAGAAAUUACGCCUCUUCCAUCUAGAUCUGAAA